AGGAUGCGUUUGUAAUAUCCGGGUUGGAAGGAGGGAGUGUCUCAGAUUCCCAGCAGAAACACGCUGGAAAGAGCAGCGAGAGAGACGCGCUCCGCGGGAAUAUGGCAUCGGGCAGAGGGAAGCGGAAGCGCAGCGCGGUGGAAACGGGUUCCAGCUCUCCGGUCAUGAUUUAGAUCGGGAUCCGGACCGCGAUGGAAAAGCCGCUGUGUUCGUCGCAGCCCGCGGCCUCGCUCGGGUUCGGCGGGUCUCCGGCGGGGAACAUCGCGCCGCUGCAGCGCGGACGCACGCGCGGGGUAGAGGGAGUGCUGAGCAAAUACACCAACCUCAUCCAGGGCUGGCAGAACAGGUAUUUCGUGUUGGACCCUGAUGUGGGUCAGCUGCAGUAUUUCGUGAGCGAGCAGGGGCGGAGUCAGAAGGCCCGCGGAUCCCUGCCUCUGAUUGGUGCGUCUGUGACGGCGAGCGACGAGGCGCCUCACAUGUUCAUCGUCAGCUCGGCCAAUGGGGAGCUCUUCAAACUCAGAGCGGUGGACGCCACAGAACAGCAGCAGUGGAUGACGCAGCUACAGGCGUGUACCAGACGCCACUCCGACAGCAGUGCCAAGAUGAGAAAACUGAAGGAUUGUGACGAGCAUCUGUGUGUCGACCGAACUCAGAACACAUUGGAUGCACAGGGUUCGUCGGGCCGAACGCGGAGUUUCUCUCUGCUUCCUCACCUCCCUCCGUCUUCCUCUCCUGCAUCUCAGAGACAUCUCCCUCACCAUGGGCCUCAGAGCAACAUCGUUACCAUCACGCACCAUAAGUCGCCUGCAGCCGCCCGCCGGGCCAGAAACCAGUACCCAGAGCGCCUCCUGGAUGUCAAAGAGGUUAUGAACCAGGCCGAGGGUCAGCAGAAGAGUCUGGUCCAGUCCAUCGAGUCUCUGCCGAUGCGAGGAUCCCUGUCCUGUCUGGAUCAUGACCUGCUGCUGCUGAAAGCCACCUCUGCCGCCACCCUGAGCUGCCUUGGCGAGUGCCUGACUAUAUUACAGCAGAGUGCCGGACACGACUGCGGGCCGCCCUCUGGUGAGUCCAGUACGGACACCCUACAGACGCCCGUGCCUCCUCCAGACCCGGAGCUGGCCAAAGAUCAGGGCGAGGUUGACUGCGGCCCCUGUCCGUAUCUAACGGGCCCAAUGCAGCUAAACGUUUGCAAUAAUUGUUGUGAUGGGAUGGAAGUGAUUUCUCCUGAGGAGGAGGUGAUGGAUUCAGAUGAUAACACUGAAGAAGAUCUGGGUGUGUUGGAUGACCAGAGGAGCGUCAUUCUGCAUCUGCUGUCUCAACUCAAACUGGGCAUGGAUCUCACACGGGUUGUUCUUCCCACAUUCAUCCUGGAGAAGCGUUCACUGCUGGAGAUGUACGCUAACUUCAUGGCGCACCCGGACCUGUUCCUGUCCAUCUCUGCCGGAAGCACCCCAGAGGAGCGUAUGGUGCGUUUCGUUGAAUAUUACAUGACCGCCUUCCAUGAAGGACGUAAGGGUGCCGUCGCCAAAAAGCCCUACAACCCGGUGCUGGGCGAGACCUUCCACUGCUCAUGGGAGGUUCCACAAGAUCGAGUCUGCCCUCUGAGGACUGAGACCAACCCCAAGACUAAUCAGGAGGUGACGGGGGCGGGGUCAGACCCUUACAAGGUGCGUUUCGUGGCAGAGCAGGUUUCCCAUCAUCCUCCGGUGUCUGGGUUUUACUGUGAGUGUGCUGAGAGAGGCAUGUGCGUCAACACACACAUCUGGACCAAGAGCAAGUUCAUGGGCAUGUCAGUGGGCGUCUCUAUGGUAGGAGAAGGCGUGUUGUACCUGCUUGAUCAUGGGGAGGAGUACGCGUUUACAUUCCCGAGUGCGUACGCUCGAUCCAUCCUCACUGUGCCGUGGGUGGAGCUCGGAGGAAAAGUCACCAUCAGCUGCGCUAAGACCGGAUACUCGGCCAACGUCACAUUCCACACCAAACCCUUCUACGGGGGCAAAGUUCACAGGGUCAGUGCAGAGGUGAAGCAAAACUCCAGCGGGAAGGUGGUGUGUAAAGCUCAGGGCGAGUGGAACGGGACACUGGAGUUCAUCUACAGCAGUGGAGAGACCAAAGUCAUCGACACAAACAAACUGCCCGUCAUCAGGAAGAUGAUUCGCCCCGUUGAGAAACAGGGCCGGACCGAGUCCAGGCGUCUCUGGCAGCAUGUGACUGCGGUGCUGAAGGAAGGAAACAUUGAUCUGGCCACUGAACACAAGCAUGUGUUAGAGGAAGACCAGCGAUCAGACGAGAGACAGAGAGCUGCCAACAACAUGCCCUGGAAACCCAAAUACUUCAACAAAGAGGAUGACGAAUGGGUCUACAGAAACCCCUUAUGGAAAACACAUUGAAGAAAAGAAGAUGAACACUGAUCAGACUAACACAGGGACUGAAAACAAACCGCAAAAAUCAAAAACAAGAGAAUAAUGAUGCAUCACACUACAGACUGUACAGAAACCAGUGUGUAUAUAUGAGAACAUGGACACAUAGAACAGACCUUUUAUACACUGUAUAAAUUAUAUAUUAUUUUUCACGAUUAUAACUGAGCCUUUGUGGAUAUGCACAUGUACACAGUAUUUAUGUGAUAUGUUACUAGAUGAUUUGUUAACCGAGUAAGAGUCAUGGAUUUACAUCCAGUGUGCAUUUAACAAUGUGGACAAGAUGUACUGAAUCAAAUUCAGUAUUUCAGCUCAUAUUUC